AUGGAGUUACUGACGAAGACUCAUUUGAAAGAAUUGGAAGAAAGAGCUGGAGCCGCGGCUUUGAUGAUGCAACCCGCAACAGCACCUGCUUCGUGGAAUGGGCAAAUCAUGCCUCGAGUUCAUCACAAUCCGGUCUACUCUUGCAAGCUAUUCAUUGGUGGAAUUCCAUAUGAUGUCUCGGAGCGACUUCUUUACGAUGCUUUUGCACCUUAUGGACGCUGCCGAAUAGAAUGGCCAGGUCGAGGGCGAAUCCGUGGAGUUUUGCAGCGUGGAAAAACUGUUGGCUAUAUUUAUGUGGUCUUUGAUGAAGAAAAAUCUGCGAAGCAACUAUUGAAAGAUUGUAAACAAUUCAACAUGGACACACAGGAUUUGUAUUUCACAUUGAAUAUUCCAUCGGCUAGUGGAGGCAACACUCGACAGGUGCAAGUCAUACCGUGGGUUGUUUCGGACGCCAAUUAUGUGCACGAUCCAACAGGAAAGCUGGACCCGAAAAAAACGAUCUUUGUUGGAGGACUGCACGGAAUGCUCACCGCCGAAGCUUUGUUCACGAUCAUGAAUCAAACAUUCGGAGAUGUGAUUUACGUUGGAAUUGACACCGACAAAUACAAGUACCCAAUAGGAAGUGGUCGAGUCACGUUCUCAUCAUACAUGGCAUUCUUCCAAGCUGUCGGCUCGGCUCACCUUGCUAUUCGAACCAACAAAUUUCUGAAGCGCAUUCAAAUUGAUCCAUUUCUCGAAGAAGCUCUUUGCAUGAUGUGCAAGAAGGCCAAUGGCCAAGUUUUUUGUACCCGUCGUCAAUGCUUUUCUUAUUUCUGCCUUGUUUGCUGGCAGCUCCGUCACAAUCUUUGCGGUCAGAUGGCUGAUCACAAAGCGCUGACAAGACAUACUCCACGGGAGGCGACACCAUUUGACACUAUGCGUUGGCUGAAUGGAGAACAAAUGACCAUCGCAAUGCAAGGAAUGGCCCGACCAUUUGAAAUCCCACAGAGAAAUAUCUUUGGACACGCUUUGGGUUUUGGGACCGCUCCAUCGCUGGCAGCUGGAAUGGGCGGUGUUGAUCUACAGCCAUACAAGAUGUCUCGCUUCUUUCGAGGUGCUAUGGACAGUGAUUCGGGCUCUGGGUCCGAAUCAUCGGGUUCAGAAGACGAGGUUCAACAACCAGUUCAAAAGAAAGUUCCAGUUGGUCGUGACUUCGCCUACCCAAGUGAUGAUGAAGUAGAAGAACGACGUGUUGUAAGAGCUCACAAAGAUCGCAAAUACGACGAGCUCAAAGGAUUGAUCAAGAAGACGAAGAAUGCAAAGAAUGUCAAAGAUUUUUCGAAGCUCUAUGAACUCUUCGAAGAACUUUGCAAAGCUUUUGAUAAAGCAAAGCCGAUUCUCCGUCGUCAAAGCCUUCCCAUUCCACGUUUUUACCUGCGCUACUUGGCCGAAUUGGAGGAUUUUGUGGAAAACACUUGGAAAGACAAAGAAGCAAAACAAGCUCUUUCUAAGCCAAAUUCAAACGGACUUACUCGUUUACAUCAACGGGUACGCAAACACGCUGAUGCCAAUGUGGUUGCUGGAAUGGAUCUUGUGCUGGAGCUCAAAAACUAUCGUGAAAAUCCAGACCCACUUGGUUACGAAAGCCCGGAAGAGGAAGUGAGCGCUGAAGCUGAAGACGAAAAGGAUAAAAGCGAUGAUGAAUUUGCUGGACGCGCUCCUGCUCCAGCUGCAGUUGAAGAAGAAUUCGACUCCGAUGCGUGGUCAACUGAUACUGAAACAUCGACUUCUGAGUCGGAGAUUGAUUUCUCAGAACAGAAAAUGGAGGAGCUUCGUAAAUACUUUUUGAAAAAAGAAUUCCAAGAUUCAAAAAGCAAGAAGGAUGACAAGCCUGGAAAAAGCAGAUCUCAUAAGGCAAAGAUCAUCAAAAUUGUUUCUGAAGAUGAAGACGAGGAAGGCUGGACUGAAGUUGGAAAGAAAGAGGAAGACAUCGGUGUUCUCUUUCCGCCAAAAACAGAAAUCACGCUCGAGGUACUUAUUGAAAAGUUCAACGAGAAAAUGGCUGUUCGUGGACGAAAAACUACGAAUCGCAAGCAUUAUGUUCGAAUUCUUCAAGAGCUCUACAAUAUUGCUCAAGAGAAAAAAUUCGGAAGUGGUAUCUUGGUGAAGAUUCUCUUCAACAUUGUCUCGGCACUGUUCGAACUUACCCCAAGUGUGAGCGAUUGUAUGGAUUUCUCAACCUGGAAUAAGGCUUUGAUUGCCAUUAACAGCUUGGUUGACCUUUUGAUAGAUUCGAAUGUCCACUUGUCAAUUCGAAUCACCGAAGAGGAUGAGAAUGUCUCGGAUCCUGAAAAACCAUACAAAGUCAAUGGUUCCGUUUUGAUGUCGGUCCAACGCCUCGAUACAGAGCUGACAAAGAUUCUUCAGAACGCUGAUUGCCAUUCAACCGACUACAUAGAGAAGCUGAAAGGCGAAAAGGAUAUCUGCUCUCUUAUUGAAAAGAUUCAAAAGUUUAUCGAUGAACGCAUAGAGAUCGGUCUCUUUGAAAACGACGAAGUUUGCAAGAUCUACAUGUUACGGAUUGAGCAUAUGUACUACAAGUAUGAGGACACGUUUGAGCAAGAAGAUGGUUUGACUGCUUCUCAACUGAUGGAACGCCUUUGCAAGCGCAUCUACGCGUUGGAUGAUGAGAAGAGGCUUCGGCAACGCGCUAUGCUUUGUCAUGUGUACUUUUUGGCACUUCAUGAUGAGUGGCACAAGGCUCGAGACUUGAUGUUAAUGAGUCAUCUGCAAGCCAUUGUUGACCACUCUGAUGUGUCGACUCAAAUUCUGGAAGCUCAUCAAGGACUUUCGGAAAUUCAAAAUACACAGCGUUCUAAGGAGUUGCUUGCACAGGGAAUUGCCAUGCGUCAAUAUGAGCGAACUCAAGAACAGGAAAAGCUAGAGCGCAGCCGUCAAGUGCCAUAUCAUAUGCACAUCAAUAUCGAGUUGAUGGAAUGCGUCUAUUUGAUUUGCUCAAUGCUUCUGGAAAUUCCACACAUGGCUUCGCAUGACAAAAUGAUUAUUGCUGAAGAAUUGGCGGCGACCUUAGACGAGCCGACCGGGUGCGUGAUGAUGCAUCGAGUGGAACCGAGCCGUCUACAACUGUUAGCUCUCCAUUUGACCGACAAGUUACAUCAAUUGGCUGAACAAAAUGAACAAGUUAUGGAACCACGUGGACCUGGCGGUCGCGGUUAUGCUGGGCCCGGUGCCUGGUUUGCCGGCCGGGGAGGAGGCGAUCGUGGUGAUGAUAAGAAAAAGAUGCAGACAUUUCAGCCCGGACGAGGCGGAGAGCAGCGUGGCAAGGGUGGAGCCGGUGUGUGGGGAAGUGGAGUUGGCGGCGGUGCUGGAGCGACUGGGCAACGUCGACGCGCUGGAGGACAAAAUGACUCGAACGCAAGAAAAGGCUUC